UUGAAAACACGCGGCUGUGUUUUGAUAACGGCUGCGGAAGGAGCUGUCAUUUACGCUCCUCCGGCCGAUUUCUGGUGCGAGAGCUGCAGUUUCCUUAGCAAAACCGAGGCGAAAAUACACGACAAAUGUAACUGCUUCACCCGAGGCCACCAUGGGAUUUACACUGAGACGCUUUCUUGGCGUUAAACCGUCGAAAGUGCCACUGCUGCUGCCUUUCCUGCUCACGUUGCUGCUCGUCGGGAGCCGAAGCGAAAGCGAACCGAUGGACAACGUCGCAACAGAGAGGAUGGCUGAGGAGAGCCACCGACAGGACAGUGCCAACCUGCUCAUAUUCAUAAUGCUCCUGACGCUCACCAUUUUGACCAUAUGGCUCUUCAAACACCGCAGGUUUAGGUUCCUGCACGAAACGGGGCUAGCUAUGAUCUAUGGCCUGUUGGUGGGAGUGAUCCUGCGGUUCGGCGUCCAUGUGCCCCAAAGCAUGAGCGACGUAAUCCUCAGCUGCGCCGUCAACGCCAGCCCUGCUACUCUGCUGGUCAACGUCUCAGGACGCUUCUACGAGUACACGCUGAAGGGGGAGGUCAGCCGCGGCAAAGGUCACCAAGUACAGGACGACGAGAUGCUAAGAAAGGUAACCUUUGACCCUGAGGUGUUUUUCAACAUUUUGCUGCCUCCCAUCAUCUUCCAUGCGGGUUACAGUCUGAAAAGGAGGCAUUUCUUUAGAAACAUUGGCUCCAUCCUGGCCUAUGCUUUCAUGGGAACAGUCAUAUCCUGCUUUGUUAUUGGGCUGAUCAUGUACGGCUUUGUGUCCUUCAUGAAAGUUGUGGGCCAGCUUGGGGGAGAUUUUUACUUCACCGACUGCCUCUUCUUUGGGGCCAUCGUUUCAGCAACAGACCCCGUGACAGUGCUGGCUAUCUUCAAUGAACUAAAAGUAGACGUUGACCUGUACGCUUUACUGUUUGGGGAGAGUGUCCUCAACGAUGCUGUGGCCAUCGUUCUCUCCUCCUCCAUUGUGGCGUACCAGCCUGCAGGUGACAACAGCCACAGUUUCGAAGCCAUGGCCAUGUUGAAAUCUUUUGGCAUCUUCCUGGGCGUCUUCAGUGGAUCUUUUGCUCUUGGAGUGGCUACCGGAGUCAUGACUGCAUUCGUGACCAAGUUUACUAAGCUGAGAGACUUCCCCUUGCUGGAGACGGCUCUCUUUUUCCUGAUGUCCUGGAGCACCUUUCUGUUGGCUGAGGCCUGCGGGUUCACAGGUGUGGUAGCUGUGCUGUUCUGUGGAAUCACUCAGGCUCACUACACCUUCAACAAUCUCUCACCCGAAUCUCAGGACAGGACAAAACAGCUGUUUGAGCUGCUGAACUUCCUGGCAGAGAACUUCAUCUUCUCCUACAUGGGCCUGACGCUCUUCUCCUUCCAGUCACACGUUUUCAACCCUUUGUUCAUCAUUGGAGCCUUUGUGGCUGUAUUUAUUGGCAGGGCUGCGAACAUCUACCCGCUGUCCUUCCUCCUCAACCUGGGCCGCAAGAACAAGAUCGGAUCCAACUUUCAGCACGUUAUGAUGUUUGCAGGUCUGCGUGGGGCGAUGACCUUUGCUCUUUCUAUUCGAGACACGGCGACUUACGCCCGUCAGAUGAUGUUUUCAACCACCCUCCUCAUUGUUUUCUUCACUGUCUGGAUCUGUGGAGGUGGCACCAUGCCCAUGCUGUCCUUUAUGAGCAUACCGGUGGGAGUGGACUCUGAUCAAGAACACUCUAGUUCAACCGUAUUGGACGGGUCUCAGCGGAGGAACACUAAACACGAGAGCGCCUGGCCCUUCAGGAUCUGGUAUAACUUUGACCACAACUACCUGAAACCCCUGCUGACCCACAGUGGUCCUCCUCUCACUGCUACCCUGCCUGCUUGUUGUGGACCUCUGGCUCGAUGCCUUACCAGCCCACAGGCGUAUGAGAACGAAGGCCAGCUCCACGACGACGACUCUGACUUCAUCCUGAACGAUGCCAGCGUGAGCUCCAUGUACGCCGACGUCACCGUCAGCACUGACGCGUCCGGAUCGCGUACCAUCAACCCCAAGCGGUCCUCCGCCGCCAGCACCGGGGGCGGCCCGUUCGACGAGGGUCUGGAUCACGAGCUCGCCACAGCGGAGCAUGAAGUGCCGAUCCGGGGCACACGCCUGGUCCUGCCCAUGGACGACCCCGUGGAGCCCCCGACCACCGUCACCCUGCCGCCGCCUCCAUCCCCACCACGCUCCGAACCUCGCAGGCACAGACUGUGAGAGAGAUUUGCACUGUCAGGAGAUGCGGUUUGUUGCUCUCAUGUUCAAAAAUCACACAUGAUCCCAGUUGAUUUCACAGCAAAAUGAAUCUUUUAAGUUAACGUGUUUGGAUUUUUGAACAAACUGCUUUUAAGGUACGAGUCCUAUUUACGUCUCAUGUUGACAGGACCACUUCUCUGUCCAACAUGCUGUUUUAAAAUUGUUUCAGCUUUUACAAACUUGAGAUGUGAUUGAUUUACCUCCACAUUUAGGUGGAUUUUGAAUGUGAAUAAUGCACUACAUGCAAGUUAAGGAACUUCAAAUCAAGACCAUCUCAAGUUUAUAGGCUACUUCAAAUCAUAUGAGAUGCACAUUUAGCCACUACUAAGGAGGCUAAGAAUGGGGCUGUCGUCUUUGCUCCUAUGUUUGUACUACUGUGGUGAUAUGCCAGUGCUCUUUAAAAGCCCCAGCUCCUUCUAGGUGUGUGGGUCGACCCAUGAAACAGCUGUAUAUGCAGUUUACCUGUCUCUGUCUGUGGUGGUGGAGGUCCUACUGGUGACACUUUCUUUAUUUGUCCAGCUUCCUUCACAAUCACCCUGAAAUCUGGAACAUUCAGCGCCGUUUAAAAGCAUUUACACUACCAUUGCAUUACUAACUUCACUAACAAAGAUUGUUUGACUUGACCUCGUUAUCUUAAUCUCCAUCCUGUAUGUUUGCCUCUCUUUUAGAGUUCAUUAGUAGAUUAUGCUCAAGGAGGAAAACUGGGUAUUGUGAUUAUCAAAUUAGGGAGCAAAUGGGCAGACAGGAUCCGUACAAAUACUUGCUACUGUAAGAUUAUCAGUAAAUACUGAGAGAUCUGAAGAACAACACACUAAAAACUGCUUCUGCAGCCGUUUCCGGAAGCAUCUUCACACUGAUUUUGAGCGCUGCCCGACUCUUCUGCAGUCGUUUUACUCAUUGAUUUAUUUAUUUAACAAAAACCAAUUUAUUUAUUCGAUGAUUUAUGUAGUUUAUUUAUUAUUUAUUUAUUGUUGUGUGGUGUGGCGUUUAUGACUGCACGGUGGUGAAAGGCUGUUGUUUUCUUUUUAAAAACAAAAACAAAGCACUACGACUUUUCCCGUGAGGUACAUUGUACAGUAAGGAAGUCACAGGGGAGGCGGAUAUUCAUUCCAGGAGUUUGUAUGCAUGUUAAAAAAAAAUAUCUCCUUCCCGUACUGUAGCAGAUGCUUCUACUUUACAGUUGGAAACUAGAGCUUCCCUAUGUGUGUUUUACAGUAACUCUGUGUGUGUGUGUGUGUGUGUGUGUGUGUGUGUGUGUGUGUGUGUGUGUGUGUGCCCAUGUUUUUGCUAUAUUGUGGGGACCAAAUGUCUCCACAACUGUAGGAAAACCGAAAACUGUGUCACUUGUGGGGACCUCAUUUUGGUCCCCACAAGUUUAAACAGUGUUUUCUUGGCCAUGUUGUUGUUACUGAAAAAAGUAAAAGUGCAAAAAUGUUUCUUUAGGGUUAGCCAUUGUUUUGGUUAGAGUUAAGGUUAGGGUAAGGGUUAGAUAUGAAUGGGAGUCAAUGGUAUGUCCCCACAAUGAUAGCAAGAGUGUGUGAGUGAGUGUGUGUGUGUGUGUGUGUGUGUGUGUGUGUGUGUGUGUGUGUGUGUGUGUGUGUGUGUGUGUGUGUGUGUGUGUGUGUGUGUGUGUGUGUGGCUGAUCUGGCCAAAUGUGAUUAUUAGGGCUAAUGUUUGUUUCCAGGUUUUCUGCCACCAUCUGGUUGAAUCUUCUUUCUUAAAAAACAAAAACAAAGUAACUGCCGCAUCUUUGUGAUGUUUGUCAUCAAAGAUAACUGAGGGCUGGCUGAACUGUUUUGAAUUAAAGUGCCUAUUGAGAAACUCGAUUACUUCAAUGUAGAUUUGUACAUAUUUUGAUUUGCUAAUGUGCAGUAAGACAUCUUUUUGGUUUUUAUAUGACAUGAAACCUUUAAAUGUUGAAUAUUCCCAGUGCUCCCAGUAUAAAUAGGCCAUGAGAUGACUGCCUGUGGUGUAACUAUCUGUGCAUUUAACGGUGGGGAACCCAGAAGAGUGCAAACUAAAAUAUUGUGCUUUAUAGAAAAUAACACUAAUAUUUUGUCAGGUCUAAACAUUUUUGUGAGCAGUGUAUUUAUGAAAAACGUGUACUUUAUCAAAAAGUAUAUGUAACAUUUCAAAAUAAAAUAAUACUUAGGAGCUGAAUUUGAAUUUGAGAGGCAAAGGAAAGGUACUAGGAGGAUGUCUCCGACUUUUUACUGAUACGGUGAUGAGCUCGUCUGUUCUGUUCUGGCCUCAGUAAGAGAUACUUUGCACUUAAAUAUCUCCUUUGUUUGUUUUGAUUUCUGCUGAGCAGGCCUGUCUAAUACGGCGACUUUUAGGACUGAGUUGAAGUUGAUUUCUAGUCAGAAAUGAUAUCAGAUAUGGAAAUGUUUGUUUGUAAUUGUGUCAAGCUGCACAUGUGUUGUCUUUUUGAUCUUCAAGCAGUAUUCUUAAUAUGAGGUUUGAGUUUCUUGCAUAUUCAUCCAGAGAUGUGGACAUGCAGCUGUGUCCUUUGAUUUUUUUAUUUCUGGUUUAACUGAUAUUUGAACAAUAAAACAAAACCCAUAUUUUGAUUUAUCGGAGAAUUUUGAAGACGCUGUUGUAAUCAACCACAUUUGAGAUCUGAAAAUGUUUCAUGAUGUUUCUACUGUUUGUGGAAACCGUAUUUGUGAAAAGUACACCUGCAAUAGGUCUGUAAGUGAAUGUUUUUGAAAAGCUGACGGGAAAAUAAUCUCUAAUGAAAUCGAUUUUUUUCCCCGUGUAGUUCUGAAGUUGAACAGUGUGUCUUCAGUCUGACAUCUUGCGAGUGUACUGAAAGAAAAUAAAAACACCUUUUGAAAUUGA